UUUAUCCGCGUGCUCCGGCAGUAUCCAACGAGAUGAACGAUGUGGCCUGGGGAACCGGAUCGUCGAAAUCAUCGGCCAUGUUUCUCCUGCUAGGACUCAGCCUCUUCCAUGUUGAACAAGCUGCAGAGGCAUCGUAUGAUGCACCCCGACCGAAGUCCCGGUUUAUAUCUUUCGAAGAUACGGGCGGAAACAUCGACGUAAGUACACGUAUUCCAAUCUGUACUUCUCGUUUACGAGGGACGCUGAAAAUCUCUUCUUCAAGUAGAGGAGAUGAAAAACUUUUGCGCUUCCAGAUCGAUCUAGACCUCUCCAUCCCUUUUCUGUCGAUUCCCUUGGGUAGUGAGGAGCAGCGCCCUGGAGAAAUGCCGUCGCUGAUAAACGUAAAUCCCAAAUCGCUAUCGAUCGCCGGAGUGUUGACAGCACUUGCCGCUAUCGUCGUUCCUCUUCUAACAAAGUCAGAAUCGGAGUAUCAUUACCGUACCGGGAAGAAGUCGGACUCCUGGCAGUUUGGAAAUUCUCCAAAUGAUGUACUCUUCGACAAUAGUUACUUAACGCCAUGUCUGCAACGCGUUAUCUGCUCCGUCGUCUCCAUGUCGACUCGCGCGGAAAAUCCUACGAGCACUGAGAAGGUUAUCGACGGCCUCUCCAGCCACGAGUGGUUCAAGGCGAUGACAAAUGGCACGAUGAUACAGGAAGCCGUUGCUGCUGGCCGAGACGGUACCCGGGACUGUUCCCUCGUUUAUCCAGGUUGCUUCAUUACUCCAAGGGUCCUGAGCAACAUUCUCGAUUAUUUCGGGAAACUCUGAUAUUCGCUCGUACCCCUUGUAGACCUCGUUCACGCUGGGCUACAU